UUGUACCCUUACACAAACUGAAUGUGUUACUCCAAUGCCCACAUGUGCACCCUUGAGCGCACCAUGUAAUAAUAGUCAGCCGGAAUUAUGCUGUACUGGGUUGUGUUCUCCGUUCCCUCGUGAUCGCGCUCCUGGAAUUGGAUGCUGUAAUCCUAGAGGUCAACCAUGUCCUUUUGAAUCACCACAA